AUGACAUCGAAACUUCUUACUAGGCAAAGAAUACUUUACGCCCUCCCAAAAUUCACUCCAUAUAAAAUUUCGCUGGUAUCACUCGAUUGGAUACGAAAGAAGGACCCUCCCGUUGCAUUGGGACACGCGUGCAUCAAAGCAUCUUUGUUCCAAUCAUUCACUUCGUCGCAGCUUUUGAUUAACGACCAUGUAGUAAACCUCUUUCAAAACACGCUUGCUUUUGAUGAAUUGUGCAAGGCAAUAGCUCAACAAAUUCUGUCCACCUCGCCUGACUUUAUCGCAUUUGGUGUGUUUGUAUGGAACGAGAUGCACACUCAACGAAUAUUAAAUCUCUUGCGCAAUGAUCAUAAAUACAAAGGAUUGAUACUCUGUGGUGGUCCGCAAAUCAGUUAUGCACCAAAGGGAACCUUGGAACUAUGUUAUCCGCAAGUGGACUAUUUCAUUCGCGGGUAUGCCGAAAAUGCAAUGGUUGAUCUCGUUCGAUGCAAGAUUGAGCGAAAGAAUCGGCGAGACCAAUUACCGACGCUGAACGCAAUUCAAGGAUUGCACAUUGCAAGUACUCGAGAUCACGGGACGCAAGCACUUGUGGAUCUCAAUUCGUCGGCAUCGCCAUUCCAAACUUCGCCGCCAAUCAUAAACGUUUCGACACAACGAUUUAUAAGAUGGGAGAGUCAACGUGGAUGUCCGUUUCGUUGCUCUUUUUGUGCGCAUCGGGAUGCGGCAGCCGGUCGAACACCGAUUGGACCUCAGCGCGUCAAACGGGACCUAAAUCUGAUUACAAACGUAAAUUCCAUUGUUAAUGAUAUCGCGAUCCUGGAUCCCACAUUUAAUUCUGGAAAGGGUUACCUGUCCGUUCUCGAUCAUUUCAUUGAGGCCUCGUUCAAAGGGAGGAUCUCCCUGCAAACAAGGUUCGAAAUGGUUACCAGAGAUUUUCUCGAGAGAUGUGAACUUUUAAAAGAUGAGGUAACAUUAGAAUUCGGCAUUCAAACUGCUAUUCGCACUGAACAAAGAGAGAUACAACGAUCCAAUAAUUUAAAGCGAAUCACCGAAAUUGCAAAAGAGCUGACAAGACGCGAAAUCAUGUUUGAAGUUUCAUUAAUAUAUGGUCUGCCAAACCAGACCGUCGAAAGUUUUCGGAUUAGUGUAGACUUUGUAAAAACUUUGGGCGCUACUAAAAUUCAUGCCUGGCCAUUAAUGUUAUUGAGAGGGACUGAAUUGGAGAGACGAAAAACUGAUCUGGGGUUAAGAGAAGAGAUCUUAAUCCCCGGAGAGCUGAAAGAGAUAGCCAAAGAGAGGUUAAGCGAAGGAAUACCCCAUGUUACAUCAUCACCUUCUUUCACUAGAGACGAAUGGAUGGAAAUGAACCUUAUCGCCGAAACUCUUUUCCAACCAGUAACUGGAGUUGGAAAUAUCCCGGCGAUACUCUAA